AUGGCGUUAAAAAUAUUUUAUUUAUUAUCAAUUUUAUUUGUCGUGGUUUCCAGUGAACCAUUUCGGUUUGACAAUUACUCUCUUUACAAAGUCUUGCCUAAGAGUUUAAAAGAUGUGAAAUAUCUUCAAGAACUUCAAGAUGCUGCUCCUGAAUUUGAUUUCUGGGAUGACCCAGUGCCAACUGCUGAUUAUAUAAAUAUUGUGUCUAAACCCGAACUGAAGAAAGACCUGGAAAGCUUCUUGGCAUCUAACGAAAUUGAUUUUGUGAUAACACAAGAAAAUAUUCAAGAAUUAAUCGACAAUGAGAAAAAGAAGACCUACACAAGAAGCAACAUCAGAACUAUGGAGUUUGACAAUUACUACACUUUAGAAGACAUCUACGCCUGGUUAGAAGACUUAGCAGCCAGAUUCCCUGAAACCAUCUCUAUAAUAAUUGGAGGAACCACGUACGAAGGUCGGGAGAUUAAGGGCAUAAAGAUCUCCCACGGUCCUGGUAGGAGAGCAGUUUUCAUUGAAAGUGGAAUUCACGCCAGGGAAUGGAUUGCUCCAGCUACAACUAAUUUUAUCAUCAAUGAGCUUGUGUUUAGUGAUGAUGAGGAGAUAAAGGCUGCUGCUCGUGAUUUUGAUUGGUACAUCUUUCCUGUGACUAAUCCCGAUGGGUAUAUCUGGAGUCAUGUGGGCUUCCGACUAUGGCGCAAAAACCGACGUCCUUUUGGUAAUGAGUUCGGUGUCGAUCUCAACAGGAAUUGGAACGACAAUUGGCUAAAGGAAAGCGCCAACUUGAAUCCAAGUUCCAACACCUAUGCUGGUCCAGGUCCCUUCUCUGAAAUUGAAGCCAGAUCAUUAUCUGCAUACAUCACCGAUAUGGCCGAUAAGAUUGACCUCUACCUCUCCUUUCACUCCUCUGGUCAAAUUCUUCUUCUACCAUUUGGAAAUACUACAGAACCAUUGGCUAACUAUUAUGAUGCUAUGAAAAUUGGAAGGCGAGCUAUGGGAGCACUUGCAUUCAGAUAUGGUACUCCUUACACUAUCGGCAAUAUCGCUGAAGCUAUUUAUUUUGCCACAGGAACAAGUGUGGACUGGGUAAAGGAGCGUCUGAAAAUUCCUCUAGCCUACUGCUAUGAACUUCGUGACCGAGGGCAAUAUGGCCAUCUUCUUCCACCAGACCAGAUCUUGCCGACCAGUGAAGAAACCAUGGAUUCAGUAAUAGAAAUUUUGUUCCAAGCUAAACGAUAUGGAUAUAUGCGAGGACCAGAAUAA